AUGACGCCAUGGAUCAGACUAUGGUCGAAAGUGCAGGGACAUGUUUCUGAACAACCAGAAGACGCCAGUGUAACGGGCAACGAGGCCGUGCUUCCACUGCUUGACGAGGAGAAAUUAUCGGAGGUGGAACUUGAGAAGGAUGAACCAGAAGCGGCACAGAAGCGUGUAAAGCGCCCGCACUUCUGGCUCUCUAGCUCCGCCAUUCUGCUUUUCAGCUUCGGCAUUUUCAUCUUCUCUCUUCUGUUCUACAGGUUUUCAUCCUACAGCGCAGCGACGGACAAAACAUGUCAGAGAAGGAUGUGGGCAUAUAGCCCGGAGAUGGACAUUUUGGAGUUCGAAUGGCGGCAAUAUAACUCGGCCGUCAUCCCACGGGAGUACUAUGGAACCCCCACCGAUGAGAGGAGGGAAGCCUGGCAUGAGCUGUGGGCGAGUAAGCUUACCGGUCCAGUCCAGAAUUCAUCAUGCGAGCUAACCCUUUGA